ACUCGUCCACAUUGACAUAACAACAAAACAAAAUCAUAUUUACUCCAAACCAAAAGAAGAAGAUCUAAAACUAUAUUCCUCUUUCUAUAUAUUCUUUUUGUUUUGUCUUUCUUGUUCUUGAAAGAAAAGUAAAAAAAAAGAAAGAAAUGGAGGAUUCAAGCUUUAUGGAUUUGAUGAUCGACACAGAUGAGUAUCUUAUCGAUGACUGGGAAUCCGAUUUCCCUAUAUGGGGGGAGACUAACAACACCAAACCCGGUUCCGAGUCCGGAUCAGGAACCGAAACCGGGUUUGAGUUGGUAGUAGAGAGACCAACAAAGCAAAUGAAAACAAGUACAAACAACAAAAUGAAUACAACAACAUCUUCUUCUUCUCCCUCGUCUUCUUCUUCUUCGGGUUCGCGCACUUCACAAGUGAUCUCAUUCGGGUCUCCGGACACCAAGACCAACCCGGUCGAGACAUCUUUGAACUUCUCCAACCAAGUAAGCAUGGAUCAGAAAAUGAGGUCCGAAAGAAAAGAUUGUGUUAGUAAUGGAGGAAGAAGAGAACCACAUCUACUGAAAGAACAUGUUUUGGCUGAACGAAAACGUCGACAAAAGCUCAACGAGCGUUUGAUUGCUCUCUCUGCUCUUCUCCCUGGCCUCAAAAAGACGGACAAGGCAACAGUUCUUGAAGACGCGAUCAAGCAUUUGAAACAACUUCAAGAAAAGGUAAAGAAGCUCGAGGAAGAGCGAGUCGGGACCAAGAAGAUGGACCAAUCUGUUAUAUUGGUCAAGAGAUCACAAGUAUACUUAGACGACGAUUCUUCCUCUUAUUCAUCUACUUGCUCUGCUGCUUCUCCUCUGUCUUCAUCAUCAGACGAAGUUUCGAUCUUGAAACAAACGAUGCCCAUGAUCGAAGCACGAGUUUCGGACAGAGAUUUGCUGAUUAGAGUCCAUUGUGAUAAUAACAACAAAGGUUGUCUGAUCAAGAUCUUGAGUUCCUUGGAGAAGUUUAGUCUUGAUGUAGUCAAUAGCUUCAGUUUACCCUUUGGAAACUCAACUCUCGUUAUCACUAUUCUCACUAAGAUGGACAAUACGGUUUCACAACCUGUUGAGGAAGUGGUGAAGAACAUAAGACUUGCCUUAGCCGAGUAGCAUUGUUUUAAAAACGUGCGGAUUUGGCUUGUCGUCGCCAGUAUUGACCAGAUCACUCGGUUUAGUUGUUGUAUAAUGAGUAUAGUUGGAUAAUAAUAAUAAAGAUCAGAAAUAGCCACGUAAUAUGGGAUUUUGUCGUUUGUUACGAUUGAGUGCAAAAGCUGGAUUAGUAUGUGUAACCUAAUCAUGACUGUAUGAUUGGUUUUGCUAUAUAUAUAUAUAUAUAUUUUUUUUCCCAUUA